AGACAGAGACGCCGCAGUCCCCUGGCUGCCCCCUUGCUGUCCCUGUCCGGCUAUGGUGCUGAAACGGGCCGAGCGGAACCUGUGGAUCGCUUGUGUUUGGAUACUGGGUUUGGAAGGAUGGGUGGAGUCAUUGGAAGUUACAGUGAACAGCAACAGUGUGCAAGUCGCCAGAGGUCAAACAGCCGUACUACCAUGUACCUUCGUAACAAGCGCUGCACUGAAUCAGCUAAACAUUAUCUGGACUGUGACACCUCUCUCUAAUGCCAACCAGCCAGAGCAGGUCAUUUUGUACCAGGGAGGACAGGUAAUCAGUGGGACGACCCAAUUUAAUGCCCGCGUGGGCUUUAUUGUCACCAUGCCCAGCACCAGUGCUUCCAUCUUCAUUAAUAACACACGGCUGUCAGACACAGGAACGUACCAGUGUUUGGUGAACAACCUGCCUGACCGAGGAGGGAGGAACAUAGGCGUCCUUGGACUCACUGUAUUAGUGCCACCCACCAUUCCACUGUGCAGACUCCAGGGAGCAGCUGACAUUGGGAAUGAUGUCACCCUGAGCUGUAGUUCGGAAGAAGGUAUUCCCAUUCCAGCAUAUUCUUGGGAAAAACUGGAUUCAUUUGUAAACCUACCCCCAACAUCAGUGCAAGAUCAAAUGCAAGGGACGUUGAUUCUCCGGAAUAUUAGCACGGCCACAAAUGGUUUGUACCAGUGUACAGCUGCUAAUGCAAUUGGAUCUAGUACCUGUGUCAUUGAUCUACAGGUUAUCACACCACAGGGCCAGAAUGUUGGGAUCAUAGCAGGAGCAGUGGUGACUGGCAUCCUGGCGCUUUUGCUCUGCAUCCUUUCCAUUGUCGUCAUUCUGUUCUACUGGAGGAGCAAGCACAAAUAUGAAGAGGAAGAGAUUCCCAAUGAGAUCCGGGAAGAUGACCUCCCACCAUCAUCAUCAUCUAUCAAAGCAUUCCAUGCAGAUGGGUCAUCUGAAAAUGACACCCUCACAUCGUCCAACACAUACAAUGCCCACUAUUGGCAAAACCCAAAGCCCAUGUAUGAUUCAAACUCAUUCAGUCGGUACAAUGGUCACAACCGCCACCCGCUCACAGCUACAUCGAGCCAGUCACCAAACCGACCGUCCUACAUGAACGGAGGUCACCACACCGCACCCAAGACUAUGGUAGUUACUACAAGUUCAUCUUCGUCUCUGCAAAACAUGGUGAGGAGUAAUGGCUCAAUCAGCCGUAAGGCUCCUCUGCAGCAAACGCUCUCCUACACUGUCAGUCAUGCAAACCUUCAGCGAAUGGGAGGCAUACCCGUCAUGGUACCUGCACAGAACCGGGCAGGUUCUCUGGUGUAAAUAACAUUUUAUUGUCAGACUGAACUCAAUGGUUAUGACCUCAACCUCAGAUACGAGCCAUUCAAAACAAAACAUCUAUUCUUUCUCUCCAGUUUCUGUC